AUGGAGUGUCUCUCGGCGGGUACAAGAUACUCGCUGCGGAGGUCUGUAUCUCAACUUCGCUCUUUCCCUGGCAGAACAUUUCCUUCAUUUGCUCCAUUUCGACAAUAUGUGCUGGUUCCGACCCCCCGGCGCAUGAAUGGACAUGGCCAAUCCGACCAACCCGAUGUUUAUAAUACUCCAGCUUCCCUGGAAGAAAUUGUGGACUCUACUCAAGCCCACCCUUUGUCGGGAUACUAUUCAUUGAUUUUAAAAUCGAGCUCACCAUACGGUGGUGCAUCGACAUCGCGCCCGACACCCGUUCGGCCCGAAGCCAAACCGACGCCGGCAUCUCCCGUCGCACCGCAAUCACCCCAAGAAAAAAUGGCGAUCGUAUUUGGUACCCCUCUCGCUGGUCCAGGUCGAACCUCGCGCUAUAAUCCUGGAGAAGCUCCUCCGGAGUCAACGUGGAAGACUAUCAACGGAGUCCCCAUUCCUCCUCAACCCGAGGAACCGGACAAUUGCUGCAUGAGUGGAUGUGUACACUGUGUCUGGGAUGACUUCCGGGAUGAGAUGGAAGACUGGGCAGCCAGGAUUGCAACUGCUAAAGCCAAAGGUGGGCCUGAGAAGGGAACGAAGGAUAUGCGUACGGCGCCUCGAGCGGAAGUCCGCUCAGCCAGUGGAAGCAUGGAUGAUGAUGGCGGUGGCAGCGAAGCAAAUUGGACUCCGCCGAGUCAGGACAAUGACCUAUUUGCGAAUGUCCCUGUUGGUAUCCGGGAGUUCAUGAAAACGGAGAAAAGGUUGCGAGCGAAACAUCAAAAGGAUGCUACAGUGUGA